GCGGUCUAGGCGUAAGGAGUGGGGCUUGUCUUUCUCGCUACCAGAGUGAGGCCGGCCGAGGCCGGUGAGAAAGCCGAGGAGGACGCGGAAAGGUUGAAGCCGGCGCGUCACUGAAUCUCUGUUCGCUUCGACAGCCUCUUCUAUUCGAGUGGCGGGUCCCUUCCGUGCCUGCCUCCUGUCUUUGCUUUCUUCCUAUCCAUAAAGAAAUAUCCUGAACUCAUCUGUUUUUCUUGAUGAGUGAUACCAUUCCUUCUGAUGCAGUUGGUCGAAGAAUUCUCUGUAAUGGAGACUAUGGAACAGUACUUUAUGUUGGUAAAGUUCCUCCUACAACAGGAAAUUGGCUUGGAGUUGAAUGGGACAACCAUGAAAGAGGAAAACAUAAUGGUAGCCACGAAGGAAUACAGUAUUUCAAAUGCAGGCAUCCUACAGGUGGAUCCUUCAUUCGCCCAAACAAGGCAAAUUUUGGAGUAGAUUUCCUUUCCGCCGUUAAAAAGAAGUAUGGAUUGAAUGAAAAUGAGCAUGAUCCAGAGAGUGAAACAGCACUGUCAUUAGUAAUUGGAAGGAAAACUGUAGAAACAGUUGGAUUUGAUUCCAUUAAAGAAAAACUAAAGCAAUUGAAUACCUUAAGUGACAUUUCAGUGGAUGCAUGUGCCGUGAGUCUUGCAGGUCAAGAAGAAGAAAUCAGAAAAUCAUGCCCUAAUAUUCGGCAGAUAAAUUUAUCAAAAAAUCUUUUGUCAUCUUGGAAAGAAGUGUUAGCUAUUGCCUGCCAAAUUGAAAAUUUAGAAACACUUAAUCUCAGUGAAAACAAAAUGAAAUUUCCAUCUGUUCUACCACCUGCUUCACAAACAUUUUGCAAACUCAGAGUUUUGGCACUUAAUCAGACUGGAGUGACAUGGACUGAGGUUCUUUUAUGUGCUACAGGGUGGCCAGCUCUUGAAGAACUGUACCUUGCUUCCAAUAGCAUUUCACUUUUAAAAAGUCCUAUUGAUGUCCUCCAGAAUCUGAAAUGGCUAGACCUUUCUAAUAACCAGUUAACUGAUGAAAAUCAACUUCAUCUAAUUGCGGAUCUUCCCAGGUUAGAAAGAUUAAUACUUUCAAACAAUGAAAUUUAUUCUAUGUACUUUCCUGAUGCAACUUUUGGUUACAAGACUAGAAUGUUUCCUUCAUUAACUCAUCUUAUAUUAAAAGACAAUAGAAUAGCAAAAUGGUCUGUUAUCAAUGAACUUGACAAGCUACAAAAACUGGAAUCAUUUGAUUGUCGGAAUAAUCCUUUGAUGGAUUCAGACAAAAACGUAGAGACUGUGAAACAACUUAUUAUUGCCAAAAUAGGACAAUUAAAGUUUUUUAACAAAUCACAGAUCUUUCCUGAAGAAAGGAGGGGAGCAGAACUUGACUAUAGAAAAAAAUAUGGGAUUGACUGGUUAAAGGCUGGUGGUAAUCAAGAUCCAAAGAAAAAUAAACCAAGUGAGGAAUUCCUUGCUGCUCAUCCAAGAUUUCAGCUACUCUGUGACCUCUAUGGUGCCCCAGAAGAUGGCGAGCUGAAAAGAGAACAGCCUUUUUCUCUAAAAAAUCAACUACUGACGUUGACUUUUAAAUGCCCCGACAAAGCUGACCAGAAGCCCAUAGAGAAGAAACUUCCAGAUUCUAUGACUAUCCAGAAGGUCAAAGGACUGCUGUAUCGGCUACUUAAAAUUCCAGGCUCAGAACUGAAACUAUCAUAUGAAAGUUCUAAAAUGAAAGGCAAAGAAUUUGAACUGGACAAUGACCUAAAGCCCUUGCAAUUCUACUCUAUUGAAAAUGAAGAUUGCAUUCUAGUACGAUGGUAAAAGCUGCCUUUGAUACAUUUUGAAGAUAACUUGCACACUGCUAAUAAAGUUUAGGCUGAUUUUUAAUUGUAUUGUUGGGGAAUUGUAUUGUUGUUUAUAAAAACGUAUCACUGUUUGGUAGAGAAGCUUUUGUAUUCUUGCUUUUUUUUAAAGAAAGAAAAAAGAAAUAUCAUGCCUGUAAGAAAAAAUGAAAGCUUUUGCCAGCUUCAAAUAAAAAGUAAUUCAUUUG